GGAAGUGAGGUCUUACGUGUUCUUCCCUGCCCCAAGAUGGCAACAGCCGAAGACGAGUUACUGCUGCCGCGGCUCCCCGAGCUGUUUGAAACCAGCAAGCGGCUCCUGGACGAAGUGGAAGUCGCGACUGAACCCACUGGCUCCCGGAUCAUCCAAGAUAAGGUGUUCAAGGGACUGGACCUCCUGAAGAAGGCUGCCGAAAUGUUAUUGGAGCUCGACUUGUUCAGCCGAAAUGAAGAUUUGGAAGAGAUUGCUUCCACCGAUCUGAAGUACCUGAUGGUGCCAGCAUUUCAAGGAGCAUUCACCAUGAAACAGGUCAACCCCAGCAAGCGUCUAGAUCAUUUGCAGUGGGCUCGAGAACACUUUUUAAACUACUUAACUCAGUGCCAAUACUAUCAUGUGGCAGAGUUUGAGCUGCCCAAAAACAAGACCAACUCUGCUGAAAAUCACACUGCUGAUUCCUCCAUGGCCUAUCCUAGCCUCGGUGCUAUGGCAUCUCAGAGACAGGCUAAAAUAGAGAGAUACAAGCAGAAGAAGGAGGUGGAGCAUAGGUUGUCUGCACUGAAAUCUGCUGUGGAAAGUGGUCAAGCAGAUGAUGAGUGUGUUCGUGAAUAUUACCUCCUUCACCUUCGAAGGUGGAUUGGUAUCAGCUUAGAAGAGAUUGAGAGCAUUGACCAGGAGAUAAAGAUCUUGAGAGGAAAAGACUCUUCAAAAGAGGCAUCAACUUCUCACUCAUCUCGUCAAGACAGGCCUCCAAUGAAACCGUUUGUUCUCACUCGGAACAUGGCCAAAGCCAAAGUAUUUGGAGCUGGUUAUCCAAGUCUGGCAUCUAUGACAGUGAAUGACUGGUAUGAACAGCAUCAGAAAUUUGGAGCAUUACCUGAUCAGGGUAUAGCCAAGAAAACAUCAGCUUUUCACCCAUGCGCAGGCUACACUUGCUGUAAUAUGGAGGUAGGUAAAACUUGGAUAGAAACCAGUCUUAUCGGAUGAGGAAGGAGAGAACUGAGUUCAGGGUGACUGUAGCAACUGAAAACUGAGAAGAUAUCCCAGGAGAGAACCACAGAGGAGGAGCCCUAAUUGUAUAAAGCCUGCCCAAAUCUCUGGCAGGCUACUAAGCUAUACAGGAUCAACUCCAAGCACCCUCGAUAGAGCUAAAAUAACUGAAUGGAUAAUCCAGCUACUGCCCAAUGCAGAGGAAACAGAAUUUGGAAUUUUCAUUCUAGACAAAUGAAAACUAACUAAAAUGAAAAAUCAGUACUUUUUAGAGGAACAAAACAGAAUUCAUAAUCUCUACAACAUAACCAUUCACAAAGUCUGGGAUUCAGUCCUCAACUACUAUAUGUAUGGGGGAAAAAAGAAAGAAAAUGUGACUUAUACUCAAGAGGAAAAGCAAUCAAUAAAGACCAACCCCAAGAUGACUUAGAUGUUGAAAUUAGCAGAUAAAGACCUUAAAGUAACUUAUUUCUAUGCUCAAGGGCAUAGGGGAAAAUAUACUUGUAAUGAAUGAAAAGGUAAGAAAUCUCAGAGAAGUAGAAACUAUGGACAAAAAAUUCUGGAACUGAAAAAUACAAUACCUGAAGUUUAAAAAUCAAACCAGACUCAUAGAUACAGACAAAAAACGG